AACUCUCCUGUCAGCGAGUCAGUAGGAGUGCUCUCUGGAGCAUUGAACCUGUGCGAGACCAGCCGGGAGGGCAAGGGUAGUCACGAUGAGCUCGUCGAUCACUCGCUGGGCCAAGCGCUACAACAGAAUGACCCGCCGAUAGAGGCUUCG